CAGUGACUUUGGAGGGCAGCCUGUGACCGGCAGGCAUGGGGAACAGCUCUCUGUGGGAUGGUCUGAACAGCACGUGCAGCAACACAGGCAACAGCUGCUACCUGGACAGCAGCAUGAGGUUCAAUUUUUCCUUCCAAGAGCAAGCAGCCGAUUUCUAUGUUGUCCUCCCUGUGAUUUACUCUGUGAUUUGUGCUGUUGGGCUCACAGGCAACACCGCUGUUAUCUACGUGAUCCUCAAGGCUCCUAAGAUGAAGACUGUGACAAACAUGUUCAUCCUGAACCUUGCCAUAGCUGACGACUUGUUCACACUCGUCCUGCCCAUUAAUAUCGCUGAACACCUCCUGCACUACUGGCCCUUUGGAGAAGUCCUCUGCAAGGUCAUCUUGUCCAUAGACCACUACAACAUCUUCUCUAGUAUUUAUUUCUUAACAGUCAUGAGCAUAGACCGCUAUCUGGUCGUCCUGGCCACAGUCAAGUCCAAGAGGAUGCCACAUCGUACAUACCGAGCAGCCAGGAUCGUCAGUUUGUGCAUCUGGAUCCUAGUCACCAUCAUAGUUCUCCCCUUCAUCAUCUUUGCUAACGUCUACGUAGAUGACCUGGAGAUUAAGAGUUGUGGUCUAAAUUUCCCCAAGCCCGAAAGGUUUUGGUUCAAAGCCAGCAGGAUCUAUACCCUCAUCCUUGGCUUCGCCAUUCCAGUAUCCACCAUCUGCAUCCUCUACACCAUGAUGCUGUACAAGCUGAGGAACAUGCACUUGAACUCUAACGCUAAAGCCCUGGACAAAGCCAAGAAGAAAGUCACUAUCAUGGUCUUCAUCGUCCUGGCCGUGUGUCUCUUCUGCUGGACCCCCUUCCACUUGGCCACCAUCGUGGCUUUGACCACUGACUUGCCCCAGACCUCCAUGGUCAUUGGCAUAUCCUACUUCAUCACCAGCCUAAGCUAUGCCAACUCCUGCCUGAAUCCCUUCUUGUACGCCUUCCUGGAUGACAGCUUUCGGAAAAGUUUCCGGAAGAUGCUGGAAUGCAGAACUUCUUAAGCACGGGGCUGGGGCAACUUUGCAAACUUAGGGGAACACUUCAUGAAUGCACAACCCUUCUCUUUAGUUUACAUGUCACACGUGUAUGUCUAUCAUCACUCCCACAUUUUGUCCUGCUUACCUGCAAGUCUUGCAUCUUCCCCCUCCCUGCAUCCCCAAACAUCUCAGAAUCGCAUCGCUAUGUUCUUAUUUUUAAUCACACUCCCCAAAGCACUAAGGACAGAGCUUCCCUUUUAACGGUUUGUUUCUGCUCCAUGGCAGUCCUUUAUUGCCACCUACUGUACAGCACAGAGAAGCUAAAGAGCAGCUCUCAGAUUAAGGGGUUGUUCGCUUCUCAAGAGCUGUUAUCUGGGGGAAGGCUUGAUGCAGAGCCAACACGCACUUUGUGUCAUAUCACCAAAACAGACAGAGGACACAAGAUGAGUAUUUGCAAGAGUAUUUCAUGUCCAUGUGUGCACAGGUGUUAUGGCCUUGGUUUUGACUGAGGGAUGUCUAUUCCAAUCCCACAGCCAGAUUUCUUUUUCCCUGAACUGGUAACACAAGAUAAAUUUAAACCAAAAAGCAAAACCUGUGUCUUAAAAGUGGCAUUCAACACCAUAUAAAUAUUUCAACAA